GAACGCACUAUAUAUAAAUCAUUGACCACAAUAUAGGCGUUUCUACGGUCAUGGCACGCUGCACUGCGCAAUAAGCCUCGCGACUUUAGGACGUGCUGUUAUACGCAGCUCGACGCUUGCGCUUGUUAUCCUUUGAUUGAUUAUUACCACAGGACCACAGGAACACGACAAUGUAAUAUGGGCGAGCCGUGUGUAGAGAACAAAGAAAUAAACACUGCGACGCAAUUCACGGAUGGGCAACGUGAAUUCAGCCCAGUCGGCACGAUGCAUUUUGGCUAAUGUUGGUCUAAUGUCGCUUAUGUUCGAAAGCCUCUCGGAUGUUUACCGGAAGUCUCAUUCGGGUAUGUCUGCGUUGCCUCGAGGCAACCUCCAGGUGGUUUUCCCCUUGAUGAAAUCACAUCGAUGCAUUCUCCUCCAAAAUGUAUCCACUGCCGAUUCUUAGCUUGUUUCUGAUUUUUUUGUGCUUUGACUGUGCUCGCGCAUACCGGCGCAAGAGUCCAUCAUUUGGCUGACCUGCAGCUUUGACGCUCCAUGCUAUAUAACCAUGCAAUUCGAGUGUCAUGGAUAGCGACGUAGGACGGUCGUCCACAUCGUCCCCUCGUUCCUGUUUGGCUCUGUCUAAUGCUCAAAAGGCCAGCACAUCACGUAGAUCGCCAAAGACAGUACAGUUCCAAGAUACGCCUAGACCCACCCUCCAGCCCUCUGGUAACAAAGAAAAUAUAACGACGUGCAACCGGUCGACAUACUCCGAACUUAGUUCACUUGUCCACCCUUUUCUCGCCCUGUCAGCAGCUCCAAUUGUAUACGAUAUCCGGGAACCUCCAUCUACCCUGCGAUUCCCUCCACUCUCAGCACACCAGAGACAUUCUUAUCGACACCUUGCCGUGCCGUUGACCUCAUCGUCUCCCCGUCAUGUCAGGAUCAUCAGCAAAGAAUUUCCGUGGUCUUUUGAACUAGACUAUACUCGACGCGUUGAUCAUAAUUGUGUGACGUGUCUGGACGUUCUCUCGGCGUUGUACAGUGCCCUUCAAGCACCUUUAGCUGAUCAUGAGUGGGGCGUGGCUGACGAAAGCAGACGGAAAAGUAUGCAACGAGUUCGAGCCCGAAGAAUCGAAGCUGGUGGAAGUGCCCUCUUGCAGAGGGUCGAUUGGCUAGGGAGUCGUGCUUUCUUCGGCGGGCUACGAAGAGAUGAUAAGUUUGCGAAGCAGAGGCUGUGUCCGGGCACGGUACAGGUUACAGAGACUUGGCUAGUAAAAUUCAGGAUUUGAAUUUAUUUAUUUAUGAUUGGAUACCAGC